AUGCUUAUUUGGAUUUUGAUAUUACACCUGUGCUCAUUGAUCAAAGGACAAAGUAGUCGAAGUCGACCAAGUGGACCACUUACUAAUGAUUUUCAAAAUUGGCUUGUAGCAAAUGGCUAUGAAAGUUUAAAUUUUGAUCGGCCAGAUAUUGGUCCAAGUGGUAGCUUUGGUGGUAGAACGAAAAAAAAUCAAAAAAUAAUACGUGAACCGGUAAUUUUUGUACACGGUAAUGCGGAUGCAGCAUUAUACAUACAACCACCAUUAGCAACCGGAUGGUCACGUUCAAUUCAGUAUUUUCUGGAGCAAAAUUAUACCUCAGCUGAAUUAUAUGCGACAACUUGGGGUGACACAUGGGCAGGUGGAAAUAUUUUAAAUGCCUAUAGUACAAUGCAUACCUGUGCAAAUCUUAUAUAUUUACGAAAAUUUCUAUCUGCUGUAUUGGAUUAUACUGGUGCACCUAAGGUUGAUAUUAUUGCACAUUCAUUUGCUGUACCACUAAUGAGGAAAGUCUUAAAAGGUGGCAAAUUAAUAGCAACUGAUGGAAAUUGUGUCCUUGGGAAACCUUUGGGUCAUCGUGUGGAUACAUUUUUGGGCAUUUCUGGUGCAAAUUAUGGUCUUUGCGUUUGUCAACUGGCGCAAACAGUACCAGCCUGGUGUAAUGCUUUAGAUGGUUUGUAUCCUGGUUAUACAUGUGAGGAUCAGUUAAUUUGUGCAUAUCCAGAUUCGGAAUGUAAACAAAAAAAUUACUCCGCAUUUUUGGAGAAUUUAAAUAAUGAUCCAAGUCGAGAAGCUGACCAUGUAUAUGCUAUGUGGUCUGAUGUAGAUGAAGUGUUAUUACUUCGAGGAAUGACCUGGGGUAAACCAACCAGCCGUAUACCUGGAAUGAAUGGUCGCUGGGUAUCCGACAGAAAUGGUCAUAUGGCAAUGAAAGAUUUAACAGAAUUAAGGCAAUAUGAGGCUGUUGUGCACCAUUCCAUUUAA